CCUCGGCAUUGCAUCCUUCCGCGUCGGAAUCCCCUGUCCUCUUGGAGUAACACAUAUACAUAAUAUACGCAUAUAUGUGUGUAUUAUAUAUAUAUACACAGCUGCGGCGAGAGAUCGCCCGUGCAUUCCGCAGAAGGCGAGUGGUUGCCGUGCUGGAGAUGUGAGAGAUUCCGGAGCAGACUCCGCGAACGAACCACACAGAAUGGCUUUCCUGUGCCCCGUACGCAUACGUCGCGGAAAGAAGAAGAAACCCGGAACACAUAACUUUAAUUUGGAGAAAGACUGUGGGACAGGUGGCAGUGGGCUUGGUCUGGGUACCAGAGUGCCAUUACCCCCAGGUCGGAUAACUGGAAGUGCAAGUAUUGAAACCCUUGUAAGAGUUGGUAUUGAAAAGGAGAAUGGACUCUCUCCGGACAGUAAAAUGGUCAUUGUGCAUGACUUUACUCCCUGUGUGGACGAUGAACUUCAAGUCAAAAGAGGCCAGGUAGUGAAUGUACUUUACAGAGAAAACGAUUGGGUAUAUGUAAUAGCGGCGGACACGCGUAUGGAAGGCUUCGUACCACACUCGUAUUGUGCGCCAUACACGUCGCAACUGGCGGAAUUGACGCUGGCCAAUCUGAACAAUGUGAAGAAGAAGCUGCCGCGGUCUAAUGAAAAUGACUGUGAUCUUCUUAGUACGGGCCGUCUGCAGGAGGCACAACAGACCGAUACCGGAUCGGCCUCGGAUUGUGAAAGCUAUGCACGAAAUAACAUUACUACCGCGGAUGUCAACGUCAAUCGCUCCAACAUCACGCAGUCCCAGAAUUCUAUACAGACAAUAUCGUCCCAGCCAGAUGUACAUCCCUUCUUCAAGGAUCCAUCAGCCGGAAGAUACAUUGUUCUUUACACCUUCGUGGCACGUGACGAAAACGAUGUCAGUGUCGAGAGAGGUGAAUUCGUAACUGUGUUGAAUCGCGACGAUCCGGAUUGGUUUUGGGUGCUCCGACAUUGCGACGGCAAUGAGGGUUUUGUACCGUCCGGUUUCGUUUAUCCUGGUCACGUUCUUCAUUCUUAUGCAACAGCCACUACGACGGCCACCACUGCCUCUACAAAUACAGUGUCUACAGAUGCUCACAGUCCAGGUAAAGGUACGGGAGGCGAGUCGUUACAGCAAAAGGGAGUGCGAGAUUUCCGGGACGAAACGACCGGUACGGAGUUAGUGGUGCUUUACGAUUACAAAGCACAGGCACCGGACGAUCUAUCGGUGAAACGGGCCGAUUGGAUAUAUGCAGAUCUGGGAAAUCAAACAGUGGAUGGUUGGCUCUGGGCCUACGCGCCCAAAACCCGCAAGUACGGUUUUAUUCCUAAAGCGUACGCGCGACCCCCUGCCAUGACUAGCUUAUAAUUCGAACUGAAGAAAAAACUCGUCUGACUUUUUUAAAUAAGUCUGCAAUACUACUUUUGUACCGUCUUUUUAUAUAUUGUAUGUCGUUAAAUAUGUACUAAGAGCGAGAUAAUUAAUAUUUUAUUUAAAUAUGUAUAUCAGAUUACUA